GAACACAGAUCGCUAACUUUGCCGCCGUCUUGCAGAAUGCCAGGCUUUGAUGAACUUCUUAGCCAUGUGGGAGACUUUGGUCGAUAUCAGCAGAAAAUUUCUGUUCUAGGGUGUCUGCCACUCGUACUCUUUGCAUUUGUGUUGGUCGGGGUCGUGUUUUUGGCCAAUUCUCCGGAACACUGGUGCAGUAUUGAUCACGCAGAGCGUAUCAAGGGCGACUGUGGCUGGAGUGAGAGGGAGCUGCGACAGCACGCUGCACCCCUUGGAUCUUUCGACCGCUGCCAGAACUUUGAUAUUGACUGGAACACGAGUGUUGUUAACUGCAGGAACAUCAGUCAACUCAGUAGGCCUACUUUUCCUGCAACUCCUGGAUUUAAAUCGUGCGACCGCGGAUGGGUUUUUGACUCGAAUCACACAACAGUUGUGACUGAGUUCUCCCUGGUAUGUGACAAGUCCUGGUUAGCCGAUCUCAACCAGGUAUUUCUAGCUGUAGGCUUCUUCAUUGGAGCUCUGAUCACUGGAUAUCUUGCGGACAGGUUUGGCAGGAAGCCAUGUUUCCUGGUCUCCAUGCUCGGCCUGGGUCUGUCUGGGGUGGGCGUGGCCGUCUCCACCCUCUACCCCUUGCUGCUGGCAUUCCGCUUCCUCCAGGGCUUCUUUGCAAAGGGUGCUUGGACAGCCACAUAUGUCCUUGUAAUUGAAUUCUUUGGAUCAAGGAACAGGAAAUUUGUGUCUGUCUUGUCACGAACAACCUACUCCAUUGGCAUGGUUAUUCUGCCAUGCUUGGCCUAUUACAUCCAGUCCUGGAGGACUCUGCAGCUGGUCAUGACUAUUCCAACGUUUAUGUUCCUGGGUUACUACUGGCUUGUUCCAGAGUCUCCUCGGUGGCUGAUAUCACAGAGAAGAACACAGGAGGCUAUGGUCAUUGUGGAAAGCAUUGCUAAAUGCAACAACACAUGUCUGCCAGAGAACUUUCGGGUGGUUGAACCCCUCACAGAAAAGCAGGAAGAUCUGAACCGUCCCUCGUUUAUCGAUUUGUUCAGGACUCCAAACAUCAGGAGAAACUCUUUUAUCCUCAUUUAUGCCUGGUUUACAAGCACAGUUGUGUUCCAGGGAUUGGUGCUACGUCUGGGAAUUACAGGAGACAAUGUGUUCUUAGACUUCUUAAUCUCAGCAGUAGUCGAGCUUCCCACCGGGCUGAUUUUCUAUCUUACUGUGGACCGGAUUGGAAGGCGCCCCCUCAUGGCCACAUCAAACUUCAUUGGUGGUGUCUGUUGCCUGGUGGUUCCAUUCGUCCCGCUAGAACUUCUGUGGUUGAAGAAAACAAUGGCUAUACUUGGAAGAUUGGCUGUUGCAAUUGGAUUUGAGACUGUGAAUUUUGCCAACUCAGAACUGUACCCCACUCCUCUCAGAAAUCUGGGCGUAUCCGUGUGUUCGUCAGCCAGUGACAUAGGUGCUGUGGUGGCCCCAUUCUUGUUGUACAGGCUGGCUAGCAUCUGGCAGGAGCUUCCUCUCUUCCUCUAUGGUACGAUGUCUGUGCUAUACAGUGCAUUGGUAAUGCUUUUACCAGAAAUGAGAGGCGUCAACCUGCUUGAGACUAUAGAUGACCUGGAGAAAAUUAAAAGGACCAAUUGCUUCUGUAAGGAUAAGAAGAAAUCAGAUGGCAUCAUCUGACUGCACAUUGCUAAUUAUUCCACAAAUCUCUAGAGCUCAUCAGGAAGCUUCAUCCAAUUCCAUCACAUGGCACCCUUGGGUAUGGAAUGGAUGUAAGAAUUUUAAAAGCUCAGAUCGUGUAGAUUACACAGUCACUCUAGGACCCCAAUUUGGACUAUCACUCACAUGACUGCACUACACUCAUUAAGUAGCAUUUCUGGUUUAGACAUCUUUGCAGUCGUAGUUUGUGGGUCAUGUGGGUGGUCUGAGAAUUUGUAUUUGUAUGUUGAUAUAAAAAGGCUGCAUUUGGGAGCCAAUAUUCUGAGAACUCUGAGGGAUGUCUAUCUUUGCUGAAUUGUCGCAUAUAAAGAAAAACAAUGCUGUAAUUGUUUACUGAGAGAAAUGUACUGGUGACCCACAAAUUGGUCUUUGUUUCAUUGUGUGUUCUCAUGUAUGGUGUCUGGCGGCAUGUGGAAGGUACCUCAUUAAAAGAGUGCUGGAGGAAGGGGGCAGUAUUUAAGAGGGCAUUUUGUGUCAUACAUUUUUCAUAAUUUUUUGUCUCUAUAAUUGCAAAAAAUAUAAGAAAUAAAAUACCUCAUGUGGUGUAAAAAUGUACUUUAUUUAGUCUGAAAGUAUCGACAGAAUCUAAUUCACGGAUUGGGAUAAAUGCAGAGACCAAAUUUCCCUCACGGGAUCAAA